CCCCGGAGCACUACCCACCCUCCAUUGCGGACUGACUUCGCCUUCCCAAUUGAAUUGACAUGUAUUCUUACAUUUUCUGAUGUUAUAUCAUACUCAUGGCUUGCCGGAGGAGGAUGGAUUCUCCGCCAAUGCUUUGCAAGACUUCUGCGGACAACCCUGAAGAUCCGAUUUCUAUCACGUUUUCAGUCUUCGAAGUGUCGCUCCGCUGCGCUACAAAGCUGCUGACGCUCAGGUCUGUCGAAACGGAGUUUGGCAGAUGAGACAGAUUCCUGCCGUGUUUCAGAAUUUAACCUAAAGGUGUGAUUCGAGGACGUGGGUAUCAAAUGGACGAUGGGGAGUUGGAGUUCACAGACCACGACGUGUUCGCAGGCUGUAGCCUCUGCGACUUGCCAUCCACACCAACUACUAUGGGCUCCAUGGAGAACUUCCUCGAGGAGGUGCUGAGAUCAACACAUGCGUGCACUCACACGCAUACGUGCAAUCCACCAGGCCCAGAUAACACCCACACUCACACAUGUUACCAUACUCACACUCAUCUCUUCGCAGCUGGUGAGGAGGACACUUCCGCCGAUAAGUCCGAAACUCCGACCAGUAGCCACAACAGCAAGAAGCGACCUCUGGGUAACCGUGAAGCUGUGCGAAAGUACCGUGAGAAGAAAAAGGCUCACACUGCAUACCUCGAGGAGCAAGUCCACCAUCUCCGAGGUCUCAAUCAGCAGCUUGUGAAGCGCCUUCAAGGGCAAGCUUCCCUUGAAAGCGAGGUCAUUCGCCUGCGGUCGCUUCUGUCCGAGUUUCGUGGCCGGAUUGACGCUGAGAUCGGCAGCUUUCCUGUUCAAGCAUCCAAGUGUCCCACCAGCUCUGCCCUCGUCACAAAGAGUUUACCUAAUGGCGAUUGCGAAGUACAGUCCCUCUCUGGCGGCUUCUGUGUCAACACAGUAACCGUCCCGUGCGUUACUGAUGUACCUUGUUUGCACACAGCAACUUCGGGAAAUUCCCUGGCGCGGCCUCCCAUGACUCCGAGCUCGGAGCCAGCAAAGUGGAAUAGGAACAGCCCAAUGUCAGAUUGCGUCCUCUCAGAUUCUACUGUUAUGCAUUUGAGUUAGCCCCAGCGUUGGUACCGACCAACAUCCAUUUCAAGAUUUGGUCUUCAUCGUUUUGUGUAGUUAUUUUCCGCAGCCGCAUUGUUUGCAUCUUUCACUGCUGGUGAAGGGUAGCGGUAGUGGCACUUUGUAGUAAUGAGCUGGAGAAUUCUCUGAAGAAUCUCAAUUUCAGGAAGCAUUGGCCUCACGAGCACCUAUCGAAUGCUUCAUCUUCAGAAGGAACGGGAUGUAUCUGCAUUCGACUGGCGUGGGUGCUUCGUAGCUGUUGGAAGAGUGUAGCCGAUGCUCAUUCCAAUCGCUCUAACGCUCUUUUGCUCUUGAGAGUAUGUACAUAGCUGGUUCACGCCAUAUUAUCCUUUAUGGUAUCGAUUAUGUAUUUGAGAAGGUCGCUGCCUAGCAGGUACGUUGAUGUACUAUUUUUCCUGAAUGAGUUAAUGUAUGUUGCAUGCCAGUUAGCAGCCACGGCUCAGGAAUCUUGUUGUAAUCAGGAUCUGUUGACAAUUCAUCUGAUAGAACAGUCACUUUUGUGAUGUUUUCAACCCUCA